GCGAAACACAAAAGCAAAAGUCGAGCACUUCUUGAUAAGGAAAUCUGAAGCCCGCACUAUGAGACCUCGACGCAGCAAUAACAAUAACAAUAACAGUUGCAAUAACACCAGCAGCGAAAUGGAUAAGUCGAUCCGCCAGUUGCGAGCGUCCAAAUAUCAGUGAUCGACGAAGCGUGCGCUGCGAAACAUGUCGUCGGCGCCUACAGAAGCAAUGGCCGCACGGAAGGAUGCCCAGGAUGUGGGGGCAGCAGGUGCGGCGGUUCACGGGGAGGCGACUGGCGGCGGAGGAGGAGGAGGAGCCUUUAUUGCCGCCCUGGACGUUGGCACCACCUGUGUGCGUUGCUUCAUUCUGGACGAAGGCUGUGUGGUGCGGGGUUCAGCAGUGGAUGCCGUGAGGCUGCUGAAUCCACAGCCGGGCUUUUUCGAGAUUGAGCCAGAGAGCUUGUGGCGCAAGAUCGUCAAUGUGAUAAGGCAGGCUGUGCGGGAUGCCAAACUGACACCCGGCGACAUCACCUGCCUAACCAUCUCCACCCAGCGCUGUACCUUUCUCACCUGGGAUCAUCGCACUGGCGAUUACUAUCAUAAUUUCAUCACCUGGAAGGAUCUGCGGGCUGAUAAACUCGUAGAUGAGUGGAACUCCAGUUGGACGAAGCGUUCAAUGAAUGGAUUUUCCUAUGCCUUGUACCUGCUCACGGGUCAGUCGCGUUUCCUGGCCGGCAGCGUGCUCAAGCUGAUGAAUGGCCAGGUGACACCCAGAUUACUCUACGAAAUUAAGCACAACAAAAGACUGCGUGAAGGGUUGAGCAAGAAAAGGGCUCGCGUGGAGCUGCUGGACUCUUGGAUUCUGCACAAGCUGAGAGUCGGAAACGGACAAGACAGGGAUGUAGAUGUGGAGCAUAUAACCGAUGUUACCUCCAGUACAGCGACGGGAUUGUAUGAUCCUUUUACGCUCAGCUGGUCACCGCUUAUAAGUUUUCUUUUUGGAAUCGAUACCAAAAUCCUGCCUCGUGUGGUGGACAAUGGCUAUAAGGGCUUUGGCCACGUCCAUCCUACUGCUUUUGGUCCUGAGUGGGCCGACACUAAGAUCCCCAUUGCUGCCUCACUCAGUGACCAAACGGCUGCAAUGUGGGGAUCACAGUGCUUCAAGAAGAACGAUGUUAAGGUCACCAUGGGCACCGGUGCUUUCCUUAACCUGGUUACGGGUCCAAAGUGUCAUGCUGCCGUCACUGGGUUGUAUCCUUUGGUGGCUUGGCAGCUCAAGGACAAGGAACGCCAUGAGAAAGCCAUCUAUUGCAUAGAGGGAGCAUCACAUGACUUUGGCACUGUGGUCACCUGGGCUCAGUCCUGUGAGCUUUUCGAGAAUCCAGCGGAUACGGCGGCCAUAGCAGAGUCUGUCUCUGAUACCAGCGAUGUGUUCUUUAUGCCUGCUUUUAGCGGUCUGGGGCCCCCGGUGAAUGAUUAUCGAUCAGCAAGUGGCUUCAUUGGCCUUACUCCGUCCACGACCAAGGCGCACAUGGUGCGGGCCUUGCUCGAAAGUAUUGUAUUUCGUUUGGUCCAACUGAUUGAGGCGGCCGAAGAGGAGACCUCGCAGAAGCUUGAGAUAAUUAGAGUUGAUGGUGGCGUUUCUCGCAAUGAUUUCGUCUGCCAGUUUCUGGCUGAUCUCAGUCAGCUUAGGGUGGAGCGGGCUAAGAACUCGGAGAGCAGCAUUAUGGGCGCCACCUUUAUGGCGGGCUUGAACCAUGGCAUCUGGCGGAAUGUGGAGGAUCUCAAGUGUUUCCGGCAGGUUGACCGGGUCUUUGAGCCCCGACCCAAGGAGCAUGCAAAGAUAGUGGCUCGCAUGGACAAGUGGAGUCGGGCCAUAGCCCGUUUCAGUGACUGGUACUAGUUUUCAUACUUUCCUUUUGUAUUUUCUUGUUGUUUUUUUUACACGCUAAGAAGUCAUUAAAUACUUAGAAGGCUAA